GCUGUUUAGAGUUCUUGUUAUUUCCAAAUUCCAUUUCCCCGGGCUUUUGCAGUUUCAAGUUUGCGUAAAACAUUAUAGAAGAACAACUAGAUAUUUUUUUUUAAUUGUUAACUGCUUAUUAAUCCGUGUGUAUUGAUUUAUAAAUACGUCGUACAUAUUACAUAUGUUACAUCAAAAUGGGAGAUCAUGAUGACUUUGAAGAUAGCCAAUUCCCUGAUAACGAUGAGUUUGUACCGUACGUAACGGCCGGUAACUUAGCACAAAGAAAUGGUGCAAAAGUUACCCUCUGGGGUAAAGUUACUAAAGUAUCUGCAAGUGAAGGUUUCCAUGUAAAAACUGUUGAUGACCAAGAAGUUCUCAUAAGAUUAAAAAAGCCUCAAAACGAACCACUCGAAGGUUGGUACGAAAUUCACGGUGUGUCGCAAGGAAAAAGUAUACUAUGUGAUGAUUACGUGCCUUUUUCGGAGGAAAUGACUAAGAAUAUUGACACUGAAAGUCAAAAAGCUCUAGCAAAGCUACUUGCUGCUCUAGAUGAUCCUUGGAAUCUUGGCGAUGAUGGUUCUAGUGGCUUACAAGGUGUUACAGCGAUGGAGUAGUUCUUAAGUAACUUUAUAGGUAUUAUUAAAGGUUUAUUCAAAAUAAAAUUCUUCUUUGGUUUAA